AUAAAGAAGCCGCCGCUCACCCUCCCUCCACCUUCCAUCUCCCACUUCUCCGCCCCCUCGCCCCCUCCGCCGCUGACCUCGUCGGCCACCGCCGCCGACGAGGCCUCCUAUCGCCGGAUACCCAUCCCCUAGGCACCGGCCCCUUCAUCAAUCUGAAACCCCCCUCCUCGCCCCGGCGAGCCGUGUUACCAUCCGACUCCGCCGAUCCUCCGAACCCUAGAUCCCCUGGGCACCCGAUCGCGCGCCCCUUCCGGAGGGGCGCCGUCCCGAUCGCCCCGGAGGAAAUGCUCCGCCGCGUCCCGUGAGAUCCGGCCGCCAAGACUCGACCUUUUUUGCCUCCGAGGCGGCGUGACGCGGCGCGAUGGCGAUCCGCAUGACCGUCUCCUACUCCGGCUACGUGGCGCAGAGCCUGGCCACCUCCUUCGGCCUGCGCUGCACCACCGCCGCCGCCGCGGGCUCCGGGGCCGCGCCCGGCGCCGGCUGCCGCGUCCUCCAGGACGCGCUCUCCCGCCCCUUCUGCCUCUUCGCCUCCUCCCGACGCGUCGAGCAGCACAAUGACGCCGAGGACCACAACCACCCCAAGCCCAAGCCCAGGCCCAAGCCUCUCCCGCCCGCCGCCGGUGCCGGCCGCCCCACCAAGGCUCUCCCUGUCGCAGCCGCCGGAGGCAGGCAGCUGACCAAGCUUGUCCCCGCCGACGGGGGCAGCUACUCGCUGUUCGUCUCGCCGUCCGGCUCGGCAAAGGCGGAUGACCCACCGUCGCUGGCGGUGGGGUUGCUGUCGGUGCUCGCGUCUGGGGUCGGCUCGGGCCCUGGCAUCGCCGGCGUGUCCUCGCUGUCGGCGUCGCCGUCGAUAUCGUCCGGGCUGAACCCCGCCACGCUGCUCCCCUUCUUGCAGGCGACGAAGUGGCUUCCCUGUAGCGAUAUCAUCACCGGCGCAUCAUCCCGCAGGUCGGUACGCCCUGCGGAUGUGUCGACGGCGCCCACACAUGUGCCUUCCCGUCGCCCUUCGCCUUCGCCUGUGCCCUCCCCUGCGGUGGCUGCCCCUUCGAAGGCGGGCGUGAUGGCGUUGCUUGGCAGUAGCGGUGCAGCGGCUGCCCCCACCAAGAUGGGCGUCAAGGCAUUGUUUGGUAGUAGCGGUGCGGUGGCUGCCCCUUCCAAGGUGGGCAGCGUAGUAGCGCCGUUAGUUGGUAGUAGUGCAGUUGCUUCUGGUGCUGCUGGGGUGGUGAGACAGAGCAGUGCUGCUCUUGGUGCUGCGGCAGGGGCAAGCAAGAGAACUAGCUGGCUGUCAAGGUGGGUGAACUCCUGCUCGGAUGAUGCAAAGACCGUCCUCGCUGCUGUGACUGUGCCACUGCUCCAUAAAUCCUCUCUAGCUGAGCCGAGGUCCAUCCCUUCAAAAUCGAUGUAUCCAACAUUUGAUGUUGGUGACCGGAUUCUCGCCGAGAGGGUUUCAUAUAUUUUCCGGGAGCCACAAGUUUUGGACAUUGUGAUCUUCCGUGCACCUCUGGUCCUUCAGGCAUUGGGCUACAGCUCAAGUGAUGUGUUCAUCAAGAGGGUUGUGGCCAAGGGCGGGGACAUCGUUGAAGUGACUGAUGGUCAAUUAUUAGUUAACGGAGUAGUCCAGGAUGAGGACUUUGUGCUUGAGGCACCCGAUUAUGAAAUGGAUCCAGUGAGUGUGCCUGAAGGCUACGUGUUUGUGCUAGGGGACAACAGAAACAACAGCUUCGAUUCCCAUAACUGGGGACCGCUACCCGUGAAGAACAUUCUUGGGAGAUCUGUGCUUCGAUACUGGCCACCAUCGAAAAUAACAGAUACAAUCUAUGACCACAUUGACCAUGAUGUGGUUCAUGGCAUGGCAGGCAUCUCCUGAGAUGCACAGUUGGUUCGGCAAUGCUAAACCAACCCAUUUUUUUUGGCAGAGUAUCACUGAUGACCUCUGCUGCAUUUUUUUUCUCCUCUAGCUAUUUAUUUUGAUUGAUGUCGCCUUGCACGUAAGCCUGGCUGACUCUUCAGUUUUUCCCCUGCCCUACCAGCAGAUGCUUGUUUAGAGGCAACAAUUCUUGUACUGUAACCAAAGGUCUGGCUCGCCUGUCGAAUGAGCAUCCAUGGCAGCGCAUGGAAAUUUUGUUAUGUUUGGGCGUUUGGCACAAGGAGAGUUGGUUGAUCUGUUUCAGAUCAUAAUGUAUAAGAAGCAGAAAGCAUGCCAUAUUGUUCAUCCUGUUCCUUGUAGAGAGUUUUGGUUACCAUCUGAA